AGGAGCACUGGAAGCUGCUUGGUAACCUGAAGACCACAGUGGAAGGCUUGGUAUCCACUAGCAACCCGAACGUCUGGUCCAAGUAUGGCGGUUUGGAGCGGCUCUGCAGAGACAUGCACAGCAUCCUCUACCACGGGCUAAUCCACGACAAGGUGUGCUGCAGACAGAAGGAUUACUGGCAGUUCGUGAAGGACAUUCGCUGGCUGAGUCCCGGCUCUGCUCAUCACCUGGAGAAGUUCAUCAGCCUGCUGGAGAGCGGCCAGCCUGACCCAGAGGGCCUGGGGGACCAGGCCAUCGCACAGCUGUGGCUGCAGCACAGCCUGCAGUGCCACUGCCUCUCGGCACAGCUGAGACCGCUCCUGGGCAACCGGCAGUACAUCAGGAAAUUCUACACAGACACUGCCUUCCUGCUCAGUGACGCCCACGUCACGGCCAUGCUGCAGUGCCUGGAGGCUGUCGAGCAGAACAACCCCAGGCUUCUGGCUCAGAUCGACACCUCCAUGCUGGCUGGCACGUCACUGCCAUCCCUGUGCGUGUCAGAUCCUUCUGCUGGGACAAGAGAGGCGUGUGACCACGACGCUGAAGGACACGAGAGCCAUCUGCCUGGGGCGCUGGGCCGCCUGGAUCGUUUUGCUGAGACCGUGCUUACCAGGAGGAGUGACGGUCCGCCUCCGGUGACCAAGAGUCAGAGCCUGACUGCCCUCCCUGCUUCCCCGUAUACCCCUGCUGCAGGCUGCACGCAGCAGCGCUGCUUUGGGUCCUUCUCCAGCCUCCACCAUCCAGCCUCCUGUGGCCUCUCAGACAGGAGACCAGCGAGCUCCUUUGUCAGCUCCAGUGCCAGCCAGCCCCAGGACCACAGCCCGUCCACCCGGUCAUCCUCCUUCAGUGAGGGCAGGUCCCCUCUGGAGCAGUCCGGCUCUAUCAACCGCUUCCACCUUCCCUCACCCAAAGACCCCUUCUCUCCGGCCAGCGAGAUGAGCUCCAGCACCACCAGCCAGAGUGAGGACACUUGGACAGGGAGUCAGGAUGAUCCACAGAGCGAUGCCAACGACGGGCCAGAGUAUCUGGCCAUCGGGAACUUGGGGCGCCGGGGCCGGGCGUGCAGCAGUGCCAGCACCAUCAGCACCAAGAGCAGUAGCUCCAAACUCUUCUCCUCCAGUAGCUCCCAGAAGCUGGACUCGGUCUCAUCCCUGGGAGAGCAGGGGGCAAGCGGAGGAGGAAGCAGGGGCCUCAGUCUGUUGCGCCGGUCCAGCUUCUCAGAGGGACAGUCAUCAGCUCCACAGGGCAUCCUCAAAAAGAGCCAUGUGCGCUCGCACUCCGACACCAACGUGGCUUCGGGAAAGUUGCAUGAGUCCCACGCUGAUCCAGGCGGAGGGAGGGGGCCAGUCUCUGCUUCCACCCAGAGCAGUGAACUGAGUACAUCCAGCUCCCUCUACAUGGAGUACGACUCUGGCCAGUACCUGAGCUCAGGGGAAGGGAUGUUCCGAAGACCCUCAGAAGGGCAGUCCCUCAUCAGCUACCUCUCUGAGCAGGAUUUUGGCAGCUGUGCAGACCUGGAGAAGGAGAAUGCCCACUUCAGCAUUUCGGAGUCCCUGAUCGCUGCCAUUGAGCUGAUGAAAUGCAACAUGAUGAGCCGGCAGUUGGAGGAAGAGGAGGAAGACAGCGACAAGGAGAUCCAGGAGCUUAAACAAAAGAUUCGCAUUCGGCGCCAGCAGAUCCGCACCAGGCACAUGUUCCCUACCUGCCAGGAGAUGGGCUCAGACAGUCUUAUGGCAACAGACAGUGGGUCCCAGUUCAGCUCCCACGGCUCCAUGCGGCUAUCUGACUCUGGCUCUGCGGAGGAUGUGGAGGAGUACGAGAUCCGAGAUGGUAACGAUGGAUCUAACCUGAUUCAAAUGUCCAAGAACGGCCUCUCAGUGUCAAUGGCUUCCUUGUUCUCAGAUGCAGACAUCAAGAAGAACCCAGACUCCAGCAGGAAGUCCUUUGUCUCCUCGGAGUGCAUAUCCCACUCCUUCCUCAAUUCCAACUCGGCGGAGGCUGUGGCCAUGGGCUUGCUGAAGCAGUUUGAGGGCAUGCAGCUCCCGGCUGCCUCUGAAUUGGAGUGGCUGGUCCCUGAGCACGACGCCCCGCAGAAGCUCCUGCCCAUCCCCAACUCUCUGCCCAUCUCUCCUGACGACGGAGAACAUGCCGACAUCUACAAGCUGAGGAUUCGGGUGCGCGGAAACCUGGAGUGGGCCCCACCGCGACCACAGAUCAUCUUCAACGUUCACCCAGCCCCAACGAGGAAGGUGGCUGUGGCCAAGCAGAAUUACCGGUGUGCGGGCUGUGGCAUCCGGACGGAACCUGAUUACAUCAAGCGGCUACGGUACUGUGAGUACCUGGGGAAGUAUUUCUGCCAGUGCUGCCAUGAGAAUGCCCAGAUGGUCAUCCCCAGCCGCAUCCUGCGCAAGUGGGACUUCAGCAAGUACUACGUGAGCAACUUCUCCAAAGAUCUGCUGAGCAAAAUUUGGAGUGACCCACUCUUCAACGUGCAGGAUAUCAAUCCUGCCUUGUACCGGAAAGUGAAAUCUCUCAACCAAGUGUGGCUGCUGCGAAUCCAGCUUUUCCACAUGAAGAACAUGUUUAAGACCUGCCGUCUAGCUAAAGACCUGUUAGAUGCCUUUGAUGCGGUCCCUGGCCACUUGACAGAGGAUUUGCACCUCUACUCACUGAGUGACCUCAGCGCCACAAAGAAGGGAGACCUGGUGCCUCGCCUGACAGAGCUCCUGAAGGCAGGCAGCCUGCAUGUGGAGAAGUGCAUGCUGUGCCAAGCCAAAGGCUUCAUCUGCGAGUUCUGCCAGAAUGAGGGUGACAUCAUCUUCCCUUUUGAGCUCAACAAGUGCAGGACAUGUGAAGAGUGCAAAGCCUGCUACCACAAAUCCUGCUUCAAGUCUGCCCGCUGUCCCCGCUGUGCGCGGCUUCAAGCCCGCAGGGAGCUGCUGGCCAAGCAGAGCAUGGAGUCCUACAUCUCGGACUACGAAGACGAGAUGGAGCAGCCAGAGCCGGUGGCAGCCACAUGA